GGACACACCGUAAAGAAUACGAGGAUGCUCAAGAAGCUACUGUAAGGAUACCAUCAAUGCAUUUGACUUUACCGAGCUAAGAGUUUAGCGUGAAAGAUGUAGGGAGGGAGGAGGGGGCAGUAUGGAGUGCUCCUGGAAGACAGUGCUGCUGCUGGUGUGCGCCUCUCUUGGGAUCCAGUACACAGCCAUUCGCACCCUGAGGGACUCCCUCUCUGGGCCCUGCCACAGUGGCGUCUACCAGUGCCAGAGCCGACCGCCCAAAGACUCCCGCUGGAGAACUCUUUGUGACGACAACACGCUGCCCAUGGAAACCUCGGCCUCGGCCUCCCGGCGCCAUAUCCUUGUGUUUGCCACUACACGCAGCGGCUCUUCCUUCACUGGACAGGUCUUCAACCAGCACCCGGGUAUCUUCUAUGUGUUCGAGCCCCUUUACCAUGUCCAGCAGGCCUUCACCAACUCCACCAGCAGGCUGCGUAGGGUCCUGGACCGACGGGCCCUGCUGGGGGCCUACCGGGACCUCCUCCUCAACCUCUACACAUGCGACGUACGAUUCCUGGAGAACUACAUCCGCCCGGAGCCACAGGAACAUGUCACCGGGUCCUUCUUCCGCCGGAGCUCCAGCCGUGCCCUCUGCUCCCCGCCUGUCUGCCCCGAGGGAGGGGACGGGGCCUCGGCGUCCGCGGCUCCGCCUGAUGAGACCUGGUGCCCCAAGAAGUGCGGGGCGCUGAACCUCACGCUGGCUUCCAUGGCAUGUCUUUCCCGUGGUCACGUGGCAAUCAAGACCGUGCGCGUCCCAGUGGUGGGGGACCUGCGUACCCUGACCGAGGACCCCCGGCUGGACCUCAGGAUUGUCCACCUAGUGCGUGACCCCAGAGCCAUCCUGGCCUCACGCAUGGCGGCCUUUUCGGAGCAGUUCCGCGCCUGGAAGAUCUGGAACGCUACCGCGAGGCAGCCGCGCUACGUAGACCUGUCGCAGAUCACCAGCACCUGCAGGGACAUGGCUCAGUCCGCAGAGAUCGGUCUGCAGAAUCCGGCAUGGCUGAGGGGACGCUACCUACUGGUGCGCUACGAGGACCUGGCCCUCAAUCCGGAGGAGAAAGCGCGGGAGAUUUACAGAUUUGUGGGACUGCAGAUGGACAAGAAUGUCCACUCAUGGAUUGCACAGAAUACUAAAAGCCGUGAGCCUUCUACCUCUGAGUGGAACUACAAGUACUCCACCACCAGAGAUUCCAAAGCCACAACGGAGAGCUGGAGACUAAGACUCAGUUAUGAUAUAGUGAGGACCUUGCAGACUCUGUGCAAUGAUACCCUCUCUCUGCUGGGGUACAAGGUGGUCCAUUCAGUGGCUGAUCUGAGAAACAUGUCCAAAAGUUUGGUGGAGGCUAGGGCUUUUCAGACUGUCCUAUAACCGUGAUCCAUGCGAGUGGUUGGAUGUAAUACUAUUGGAGCUCCAUUGUUUAAUUGAUAUGUGGUCUGUAUCUUCACUGGAACCCACUGGUUGAGAUUAUCCAGACAGUGUAAUUCUGAUGUUUUUAAUUGGACUUUUGACCAAAGAAAAUCAGCUAUUGUGCAUUUAAUUGAGUAUGAGUAUAACUCCCUGUGUAAAUGCAGUCAACCAGAUGAUACAAAGCCCACCACUAAAAAGGUUUUAUGCCUAUUUACAGAGCAUUGCCAUUAUCUGUCCAUAACUUCGCCUAUAGAGGAGAAUAUCAGGCUUUUGAUUGGUCUUAGAUAAAGCUGCUUAAAGCCAGACUCAGUAAUAUCAUUACCUUUUCGAUUUCUAUCUCUCAAUUUACCAAUAUAAUCCUGAAUACUGAUUGGUGGUACAGGAGACUGUAUCCCACAGGUAUGACAUUACAGCACAUUAUGCUCUAAUUGCUUUUAUUAAUGGUUUUUAAUCGCAAUAAGGCAUCUCUGUGAUUUGUGAUAUAUUGCCGAUAUACCAUGGCUAAGCACUCUGUCCAGGCACUUUGUAAGGUGUUGUGACUCAGAACAGAGAUUAUGGUAUACUGGCCAUAUACCACACCCCCUUGUGCCUUGCUAACUUCUAUAACUCAAAUACUGAAAUAUUCAGCGCUUCUGACUUUAUAUUGCUGGGAAUACAGGAGCUACUUUCACUUUUUACCCUUUCACAAUUUACUUUUUUCAGGUUAUUUCUAGGCUAAAGAUCAUAGGAUUAGAACACCAAUGUCAAAUCUCGCUCACUCUCUGAGUAAUUUUUUAUGAAAACAUAACAUUAUGACCACCUGCCUAAUAUUUGUAAGUCCCCCUUUUGCCGCCAAAA